AUGUCCCGCCCUUCGUCACCCUCGCCGUCCGAGCAGCGCCGCAAAGACGCCGAACAGAAAGCACGAGAAGAGGAGGAACAAGCCAAACUACCCUAUAAAUGGACACAAACACUAGAAGAAGCGGACGUUAUUGUUCCCAUACCCGGCAACCUGAAGGCACGCGAUCUGAUUGUCGAGCUCAAGAAGACUCACAUCAAAGUCGCGAUUAAAGGCCAGGAACCCAUCCUCGACGGCGACUUCCCGCACCCCAUCCUCGUGGACGACUCCACCUGGAUAUUAUCCACAAACGCCGACGGGACCAAAACCAUCAACAUCAACCUGGCGAAGCCCCGCGGCACAAACUGGUGGGCGCACAUCGUAACGAGCGCACCGGCCAUCGACGUGACCAAGAUCCAACCGGAGAACUCCAAACUGUCCGACCUAGACGGCGAGACCCGCGGCAUGGUCGAGAAGAUGAUGUACGACCAGGAGAUGAAGCGCCAGGGCCGGCCGAGCAGCGACGAGCAGAAGAAGGAGGAUCUGUUGAAGAAGUUCAUGAGCGAGCAUCCCGAGAUGGAUUUCAGUAAUGCUAAGAUGGGUUGA